GCUCACGUUCCGUUUGCUCUGCGCAUGACAUCACUGCCUUAAAUACUCCCGUUGAGUUUUCUCCCUCUUCGUCGCCAUCCUGAGUGAGAGCUGCAGCGGAGGAGACAUAGCGGACGCUAUCGGUUUUUCUAUAUGAUGUGUUUCUAGCCGACGGGACCUCGUGGAAAUUAAUAGCGCGAUUGUUGAAUCGGGAGAAAAAGCUUAUAUUCGGUGUUUGACGUGUUUAACGGACUCUUUGUCUGUAGGUUGCGUCUGGAGAUACUGCAGUAGUCUGCUAUUUGUGUUCGGGAAAGAGGGAAGCGUGAAAGAGGGUGCUGCUGGAAAACUUUUUCGCAAGGGCGAAGAACUAGUUGUGCUGAAAACACGUCUGAGUGAAGGCAAAAGUUCGGGAUGUCUCUCUCGGUACCUCAGAACGGUGUGAAGGGGGAUAAUGAACCCAUCAUCGAGCUUUUUGUGAAGGCGGGCAGUGAUGGUGAGAGUAUUGGGAAUUGUCCAUUUUCUCAGCGUCUCUUCAUGAUCCUGUGGCUGAAGGGUGUGGUCUUCAAUGUCACUACUGUGGACCUGAAGAGAAAACCAGCUGAUCUGCAGAAUCUGGCCCCAGGAACUCACCCUCCCUUCAUCACCUUUAAUGGAGAAGUCAAGACAGAUGUCAACAAGAUUGAAGAGUUCCUAGAGGACGUUCUCUGCCCUCCAAAAUACUCCAAACUUAGUGCCAGGCACCCAGAGUCCAACACUGCAGGCAUGGAUAUAUUCGCCAAGUUUUCUGCUUUCAUCAAAAACUCCAAACCUGAUGCCAACGAAGGAUUGGAGAGGGGUCUGCUGAAGACCUUGCAGAAGUUGGAUGAGUACCUGUGCUCUCCUCUACCGGACGAGAUUGACCACAACAGCAUGGAGGAGAUGAAGGCCUCCACACGCAAUUUCCUAGAUGGCGAGGAGAUGACACUGGCUGACUGCAACCUGCUACCCAAACUCCACAUCGUCAAGGUGGUGGCAAAGAAGUACAGAGGCUUUGAGAUUCCAAAUGACAUGUCGGGCAUCUGGAGGUACCUAAACGAGGCUUACAAGCGUGAGGAGUUCACCAACACGUGUCCCAGUGACAAGGAAAUCGAGAUUGCCUACGCUGAUGUAGCCAAACAGCUUGUCAAAUAAUGGAUCCUGUUGUCCUCCACUCCCCUCUUUGCGCUAGGACUGUUUGUUUUCAAUCACAUUAAGAGAAAAAAAAAAAACAAGCUAUGGACUCCUUUUUUUUUUUUUCUUCUCUUUUUAUUUAGAUUAAAUACCCAAACCAAGAAACCUUCCUUGUUACAGUUCUUUAGGAUAUUUCAUUUAUUCUCAGUACAGCCAGAGAGGCUGUUAUCACACUUUGCUAUUUCAGUCUUUUUUUUUUCUUUUUUUUUUUCAAGUGUCAAAGCAGGAAAUGCCAGAUACUGACGGUGUAUCGAUGGCUAUUAGAGUGUGUGCUUGUGUGUGCUAGACACGCAUACACAUAUCUAAUCUUUUUAUCCACACUAUGUAGCAAUAACAGUGUGGGUUCACCAGCCAUUUGUUUUAUGGAUUUAAAAUAUGAAGGAAAAAAAAAUGCUUUUUCUAAGCUUGCAAAGUGAAUUGUUAUGAAUCAGUUUUUAUUUGUUUCAAGCUAUAUGAAUAUGAACUGUUGAAAGCUCCAGUGUUUAUUUUUAGAGAGUUUUAGAACAGUGUAGCACUCUGGACCCACAUGAGUCUCAGAAUGAAGUUUGAAAUUAAGUACAUAUUGAAUUAAGUUAAUAUCUGAAGGUAAACGCUUCCAUAUCAUAAGUCAUCAUCAGUUGUUUGCAGAAAUGGCAACUUACAAGCCAUUUAGUACAUACUGUAGUGAAUUUGUAAAGUUGCAGCACCUGUGGCCUUUGGAUGAAGGAAAGUCUUUAACAGAGACUAUAUAUACAUAGUAUCAUUUAUUUAACUCUUAAGAGUGCUGUACCAUCAUAACUGUAUCACAUGGCAUGACAAACAUGAAGGGAAAAGUCUGUGUAGCUCUUGAGGUAGAACUACAUCUCUUGCACUUCACAUGAAGUGUCCUUAAAAAUACUUGUGAAUAGUAGAAAACAUGAUUUUAAGGAUAUAGUUAAAGUAGACCAGAGCCAUCUCAUUUAAAGAUGGGUUGUGAUUUAUCAUGUUUAAUGGGUACGAGUUAUCAAAGAAAGCCACACAACAGGUUGACUAAAGUUAAAGGCUCAGAGAGAGAGUUUUUUUUUUUUAUUAUUAUUAUUUUUUUUUUAAAUACAGAUCUGUUGUGAAUGUAAACUUAUCUGAAACUGGGUAAUUUCUUAUUUGGAAAAAGAUCAAAUGAAUGGAAUUGGGUGCUAUAUGGUUUUUUUGUGUGUGUGUGUUUUGAUAAAGAAUUAUAAAUAUUAUUUGGUUUUCAGAGAUUAACAUGUAAUACAUUUUAUACAUUCAUGAACUGAAUGUAGCAGAAUUACUUUUAUGAUACAUCUGACCUUAUACAUUUUGUCAAGGUAGCAGAACAAUGUAUCUUUCAGCUUUAUAUACAACUCCAAUACAACAUAUUGGUGGGGGGGACAGCUCUGAUAUUCAAAAAGAUAGAGCAAAGAGGGAAAAAAAAGGAUUUGGCUGAAACUUAUCUGUCAUCUGUACUGCAUCAAUCAAGUUGCUUCACUGAUAAAAAAAAAAGAAAAAAAAUGGAAAAAGGAUUGCCCCUUGCAAACUUUUGGCCCAUGUUGUUCUCUGAGAAACUGAAUGUUAAUACUUUGUGGCUUUUUGUAUGGACCUUUGUGUGUGAACGCAAGGAACAGGUUUGACAUUAACUACAAUAAACACUGCAUGAUUGUCAUGCCAUCUCACUCUCAUUAAAUAAACUGCUGGCAGCUAUAAUACA